AUCAGGCGGAGCAGCGGGCACCAGCCAUCAGGCAGAACUGCGGGCACCGGGCCAUCAGGCAAGGCAGCAGGCACCGAGUCAUCUGGCAGAACAGCAGGCACCGGGUCACCAAGCUCGACAGCGGGCACCGAGUCACCUGGCACGACAGCAGGCACCGAGUCAUCUGGCACAACAGCGGGCACCGAGUCACCAAGCUCGACAGCGGGCACCGAGUCACCAAGCUCGACGGGGCACCGAGUCACCUGGCACGACAGCGGGCACCGAGUCACCUGGCACGACAGCGGGCACCGAGUCAUCUGGCACGACAGCGGGCACCGAGUCAUCUGGCAUGACAGCGGGCACCGAGUCACCAAAGUCGACAGCGGACACCGGGUCAUCAGGCUGGAUCAGCGGGCACCAGAUCAUCAAGCUGGAUAG